GCGGUGGUGGCUCGCCAGUGCUGCCUUGCUCUCGUACAUCGGGGACUGGGGGGUCCUCGACUCUGUCCUUUCGAAGCCGCUCGUUGAGCCCGAGGACGACGCGUCCCUGAGGUACACGAGAGAGUCCGAGCGGCUCAGCUUCCACGACUAUCUGCGGUUGCACAUGUCCAGCGUGACGCGAUGGAGCCGCUUCUAUCGGACGACUGGCCCUCAGCGGGGGCAGGUGGUCCUCCUGGUGAUGCGAAUGUACCCCAAGAAGAAGAACGACACAAGGUGGAUCUACGUGAAGCCGGACCGCGCGCUCGGCGUGGGCGACAUCAAGGACCGGGCGAAGAUGCCAAGUCGUCGACAGCCACGCUGGGACUACGAGGCGUUCCCGACCCUCACGGCCCCCGAGAAGGCGGACAUCUUGGAGAAGGCCAAGGAGAAGCAGCUCGAGGCCGAGCUGUAUCUGUCCAACAUCCGCGGCUACGUUGCCUCGCUGUCCUGGUUUCGCUCUGGUCUGGUUGGCGCAUGGAGCACAUGGAACUGGGGGUCGACGGCGGGCGCCGCUUUCUUUUUCUGGAGGGUGGCGGUCUACUGCAACCUGUGGCAGUGGAUGCGCUGGUCCGUGGAGAAGCUCGAGGACGGCAAGCUCGAGAUUCCCAUCAUGAUCUUCGCCGCGGUGGUGGCUCUUGGGCCAAGUCUCCUGCGAUGCUGCAGGCAGCGCCCCUCCCCUCUGCUCGCGGGGGCCUCGCCUCCAGUGAGCGACGUGGACAGCGACGGGGAGGCGGGCCACUCGGUGGCGGGGUCGUCGGACGAGUCCGAGCCCGCCAAGGACAUGCAGGAGAUGAAGGCCACGAUGAGCAACCUGCUCGACGAGAUCACCAAAUCAAGGUCGGAGUCGCCACGUGCCCCCACGAGUCGGAGUGCCUCAUCGGCCGCGUCCCCUGGAGAGAGCAGUCACGCCAGCUGGGAGAGAGUCCCCAGUGUCAACGCGGACUCCAGCAUGGACAUGCAUGUGGACAGGAUGAUCGACCGGCUGAAGCGUUUCGAGGACGCGAUCAAUGCGGACAAGGCCCCUCCGGGAUGCAAGCCCUUGCAGGGCGCCUCAUCCACGUCGGCCACGGCGGGAUCUACGACGUGCCCCACCAUCGACCUGGGGACGAAGGAGACGCUGGAGGGCGCGGGGGUGAGCCUCGAGCCCUUGCGGGAAGCACUCCGGGACCCCAGGGAGAGGUUGCUGGCCGACCUCUCGAAGAUCGAUGCGCCGCCCACCUUCGCCCUCCCAGCGGGCCUCACCUCCCGCGUGGCCCCCGAGCUGCUGGUCCAGACCUACGGGAAGUACGGCAGCAUGGUGAAGUUCGCGACGGACUGGGUUCGCCUCAAGGAGCUGAAUCGCAACCGCAUCGGCCACGAGAUGAUGCUGCGCUGCGUGACGCUGGACCGGAUGCUGGAGGCCUCGCCCGAGUUCAUCCAGACGGCGGGCUGCGAGAUCCUACGCGCACGAGUUUAUGCUCUGAAGCGGGCGUUCAAGGACGUGGCGUGCAUCAACGACUGGAAGCAGCCCCGGGGCAGCGGGGCCAACAAGUGGAAGUCCAAGGUGCGCUGGGACCUCGCGAGCGAGCUGGACUGGAGAUCUCUCACGGAGGGCGAGGAGGCGCCCCCAGGCGUGGAGCGCGACUUGACGGCCAGGCUGCAGCAGAAGGCUCUCUUCCAGAAGUAUCUGCAGAAGGGGGGCUCGGACGCAGUGAAGGAGGAGGACGAGUAG